CCUAAACCGCUCCGCAGUCAAAGGCCAGCAUUCAAAACAAAAAUGGCAUCGGCGGAGGUUGAGAGGAUUCGCCCUCCAUUACCAGAUCCGUCAACUAAGCCAGUUGUCGGGAAGGUACGCCAGGUUGAUGGUCCCAUACGCAACCUGAAGCUCUCAGGUCAUGUUGGGUUCGACAGUCUGCCAGACCAGCUCGUCAACAAGUCUGUUCAAAAUGGAUUCAUCUUCAACAUUCUGUGUAUUGGUGAAACUGGUUUGGGAAAGUCAACACUGAUGGACUCCUUAUUCAACACGAGCUUCGAGUCCUCUCCAAGCCCACACUCUCUGCCCUCGGUCAAGUUGAAGGCCCACACAUAUGAGCUGCAAGAAAGCAAUGUCCGCCUAAAGCUGACUAUUGUUGACACAGUUGGCUAUGGUGACCAAAUCAACAAAGAAGAUAGCUUCAAAGCUGUUGUGGAUUAUAUUGAUGCUCAAUUUGAAUCCUACCUCCAAGAAGAGUUGAAGAUCAAACGUUCUCUUGCAACUUUCCAUGAUACCCGCAUUCAUGUUUGUCUUUACUUCAUUUGUCCAACUGGUCAUGGAUUGAAAUCAAUUGACUUGAUGUGCAUGAAAAAGCUGGAUACCAAAGUGAAUAUCAUACCUAUCAUUGCCAAGGCUGACACCAUUUCAAAAACAGAGUUGCAAAAGUUCAAGGAAAAGAUUGUCCAUGAACUAUCUAACAACGGUGUCCAGAUCUACCAAUUUCCAACUGAUGAUGAAAAUGUGACUGAAGUCAAUGCACAAAUGAAUUCUCAUGUUCCCUUUGCCGUUGUUGGAAGUACAGACUUUGUUAGAGUGGGGAACAAAAUGAUGCGAUCCAGGCAGUAUCCUUGGGGAACUGUUCAAGUUGAAAAUGAAAGUCAUUGUGAUUUUGUCAAAUUGCGGGAGAUGUUGAUCAGGACCAACAUGGAAGACAUGAGAGAGAAAACUCACAUGCGGCAUUAUGAAUUGUAUAGGAAGAAACGUCUUGAACAGAUGGGUUUCACUGAUGUUGAUUCUGACAACAAGCCAGUUAGCUUCCAGCAGUCAUUUGAACAAAAGCGUUCCCACCAUCUUCAAGAGCUCCAGCAGAAAGAAGAUGAAAUGAGACAAAUGUUUGUCAACCGUGUCAAGGAAAAGGAACAGGAACUGAAGGACGAGGAAAAAGAUCUUCACUCCAAGUUUGACAAACUCAAGAAAGAUCAUUCAGAAGAGAAGCGUAAACUGGAUGAUUUGCGUAAGACCCUGGAAGAAGACAUAAUUGAGUUCAAUCGUCGCAAAACCCAAAUUGCUCAGCAGCAGGCAUUAGGCUCUAGCCACCACACCUUGACUCUAGGCAAGAGCAAAAAGAAGUAA